AUGAUAACACUCGCACUGUUGGUGUCACUCCUCUUGACGGUAACAAGGCGUUAUUCUGGUAAGUAUGUCCGUCUGGUUUCUAACAAUUUCAAUUUUAAUUUGACAGUUAACUGAGAGAUUUCUUGCGCUAUUUGGUCAUUCGAGCGCUAUGGUCGAUGUUAGUUUUUUUAAAAACUUUUUAGGAGCGGCCGUGAAUGUCUCUAGUAGGGGCGGCGCAUUUAGACACCCACGGCUGCUAACGGCACAGCUCGCGUUAUCAUCCUCCGCCUUCGGCCACGGCUUACAACACUUACAACGACCUUGACCGACCUCAUUCAAUAAUUGGCUUACAUUGUUCAUUAUCGUUAAGUCACAAUUUGAUCUCUUUAGCUUUGGAAUGCCCAGAAACGUGGAAAGAAUUUGAAGGCUUUUGCUACAAGGUUAUGGAUAGGCUCGGUUAUCGGCGGAGAUUUGCUUGGUCAACAGCAGUAAGCGGAUGUUUUGGGUUUGGAGGAGACCUGGUAAGCAUAUCGAAUGAAAAGGAAAAGAAGUUUGUCCAUGACACGGCUUUCAAGGACGCAAACCGCACUUCUGUUUGGAUUGGGUUGGCGUAUCGGCAUCAAAAGGGUGGAUAUGUAUGGACCAAUGGAGAAUCGUUUAACAUUUCUGUUUCUGUCCAGUGGCUCAACAUGUCGAGAAUUGUUUAUGAAAAUAAAUGCGUCGAAAUCUUGAAAAAUGGCUGGAACCUCACCGAAUGUUGCAAGGAAAAUAAACAUCUCUUCUGCAAGAGACCGAAAGGUGAGUUGUUCCUGCGUGGGAACUCGACAUUGAAAAUGAUGGGGAAGUUCUAAUCGUACCAGGUACGACCAAAGCACAGGUAAAAUUUGAUCCGUUGAGGCGCUUAAACUCUUAAACAGACUUUAGAUAGACUUUACGCCUUUAAGUUUUUGGCAAGCUAGAUUCCACCCUGAUAUUUGGCUUUUUCCAUUUGUUUUCUCGUUUUGUUUUGCAGUCAUUUUAACCUCAAUUAUAACCUUGCUGGGUUAAAGGAGCUUUUAUGGUGGCUACAACGCAGUUUUUGACACAUGACCAGCCACGCCCAUAAUUAUGCAAAUUUUACAUGUUAGAAUUACCACACCCAAACACAUAUUAAAGAUCCUAAUUUUUCUUGUAUUCUAUUUUAAAAAAAUGAAAUAUAACAACUGAUUGAUUACCGGGAAAUUUUGGAAUAUUAUAUUCCUUGUUCUCUGAUUCUCGUCCCAGUCUCCCUAACGUUUACAGCUGUGCCAUGAUUCUUAUUGGUUUCAAACUAUUUGCUCUGUAAAUGUUUCACUAAUGAGGUCCAUUGGCCUGUUCUGCUGGUUGGUUUUUCAAUGGAGUAUCUUGCUACAAGGAAAAUGGAAACGGUACCUGGGAAGGUGCAAGACAAGGGUGUACUGAUUCCGGAGGUGAUUUAGUAAAGGUUGAUGAUGAUAAUCAAAAACGAUUUUUGAUUCACUUCAUGGAGGUCACCGGUCUGAAGAAAACCAACUUAGAUGUAAGUAUCGAGUCAUUAACUCUUCGAGCCUCAUGAUCGCAUGAUCAGCAUGAAAUUUCUCCAUGUAACAUUAAUUCAUUAAAAAACAUAUUAGUCACAAGAAUUAAUCGUAUAAGGAGAUGAUCAUCCGAGGUAAAUGUAACUGAUUCUUAAUACAAUUACUCUUCCCACCACAUCUGUAGGAAACGUGUAAGGACAGGACAUGGGCAUUUAACUUGAGAUGUUAGGUUUUUUAUGCAGUUGAUAGAGCACGCUUAAGGCUAGGGUAAAUAUAUAUAAGAGGAGAUUUCAAAGAGGAAUGCGGAGAAAUCACAUCUUCUGUGUAGUUCGUGUCACAGACCCAAUUGAAUCAGUGAUGUAGAUCGUAGACAGUGUUAAAUCCAUUUUCAUCUAUAUUUGUAUCUUGAAAAACGCAAAUGUUCAAAAGACAACGUUUCUCAUCCUCAGUUACUUUGGCAUAACAUGAGAUCAGGCCCAAUUUUAGCCGUUCUCAUAUAUUCUCCCUAACGGCCACCGCUAAAAUUGGGCCUUUUCCAAACUCUCUCACGUUUGUGCUAGUUACGGCCAGAUUUUGGCCGUAUCGCUGAUUGGCUGUUAGAACAAUGCCACAAGAUCUGAUUGGCUGUCGGAAAUGCCGGAAGUUGAAAGCUCUUAUUCCUCUUGUGGUUGUUUUCGUGAAUGAUCCGCCAUCUGCGGAGAAAGGUCGAUUGUGCUGUCGUUUUUGUUUGAUGGUCUUAUGGUAGGAAAAUAUGCCUUAAUAUGUACCAUGAAAAUUCAGAAAAUUCAUAUGGUUGUUCAUAUCUUCUCUGGAUUUGCUUUAUUUACGGAACUAAUGUGAGUGUAUCGCGGAGUUGAAUCCCUCUGCAAGUUCAGUGUUGGCCGCUAACAAGGUGCUUUUUGAUUUACCAACAAACGAGUGCAGAUCAAAAUACUGUCCAUCUUAGAAGUGGUUUUAUUUGAAAGUUUAGCCGGGAAAGACUUUUCUGAGCGGGGUAGGCAAACGGAGGCUCAUUGCCAAAGAAACCUCAAUCGCCAACUGUGAAGUAUUCGACGAAAAACAUCGCAUGAUCACUGUUCAGGGAAUUUUUGUUGGCAUUAUCAUAAAAGCUAGUGGCGCUCUUCUUAAGGUAACACACUUGUUGUUUGCCUUCAUUUUUUGUAAAAAAGUAAACCAGGAAAACUGGUGUCUUCGUUCGUUGGCUAUUUGCUGUUUGUUAAUUUCGAUACAUAAAAUAAAAUUUAGCGAGCUUUUCAGACCUGCAGUAAAACAUGAACACAACUAAUUAAAGGAGAACUACAAAGUGUGUUUGUAAUAUUGUUUUUCGUUUUGCUUAUAGCUCUCCAAAGUGAUAAUGUUUACAUGGAUUUAUAAAGAAAUAUAUAUUUUUUAGACGUUUGUUUCUCUAGUAAAUGCGCAAAUUGCAAGUGUUAAAUUCGAGCGCGCCUAGCCAAAACAUUAAGAUUAGAACAUCUGGUGUCGCCGUCUUUUCGAAAACUUUUUACCUUCUGCGCCAAUAGAAAUAACCUUCGAAAUCUCCUUUAAUCUCGUAAGAAGAUAUUUGGUUGAAAAUAUUAAAAGGUAAAAGCUAUUUUUUAAGUCAGCGAGUCUGCAUUUUUCCCACGUAUAGAAAAUUUGCAUAUUAGAAAAACAAGGAACUGACGUAAUUUUGGUUGGCUGAUUCGACAAAUGUCAAUCAAUCAAAAAUGUUGGCGACAGACGUUUCGUAGAAAGUUUGUAUCAGGCUCUCUUUUUGUUUCGCCUUGCCCGCCGGAAUGUUAUUUACAAAGCGAAACAAAAAUUGAGCCUGAUCUCAGGUUACUUUGGCAAGCUGAGCGCACAAAGUGAAUUAUUAUAAAAUGCGAGUUUAUCGUUCAUACAUACAUAAAUUCCAAGCAAUUCUGGUGAAUUUGGUAGAAAACCAGUUGUUCUGACUCUCAUCAGCUGAGACGUCUUGAUCUAAAAUGCUAUCUUCUUUGAAUAACGAUAUAUGCCCUUCUGGACAAAAAUUAUUAACUUAAUUUGAUUGUAAGUGAUCAUAAUUAAGUAACCCCAUACGGUCAUGUUGACAGUGGUGUUAGUUACAUCAGGCGAACAACUCACGAAACAACAUCACCUUUAAUAUCAUUCCUGGAAAAGUCUUGGCUGAGAAGUUAAAAUCCUGGUUUUCACUAGCGCAUUAGCACAAGCAUAAGGACAUACUCACGCGCAGAAUGGCAUAUUUGAGUCAAUUCUUAAUACCAGCUCUUCUCAACCCGAUGAUAAACAAGAUGAUGGACUCUUUGUCCGCCAUAUUGCUUUGAUAUGUUUGCAUGAGGUCUGGGUCAAAGUGACCUUUGAUUGGUUCACGGCCUUGUACUUACGCAUGUGCUUAUGUCAACCCAGUUUUAAACAGUCAAAGCUACAACAUAGCAUAAGCACAAGGACAACAAACUUGUCUGUUUUUCUUGUGCUUAUGCUUAUGCUUAUGUCGACCCAGUUUUCACUUGCUUACACCCGUGCUUGUGCUUAUGCUUAUGUGCUAGUGAAAACCAGGCUUAAGAAAAUUCUUGGCCGAGAAGUUAUCAUGAGGUUAAGCCUGGUUUUCACUAGCGCAUAAGCAUAAACAUAGGCACAUGCACAUGCGUAAGCAAGUGAAAACUGGGUCGACAAAAAGCAUAAGCACAAGAAAAACGGACAAGUUCGUUCUUCUUGUGCUUUGGCUUAUGCCCAUGUCGUAGCUUUGACAAGUGAAAACUGGGUCGACAUAAGCACAAGGCCGUCGACCAAUCGUAGGCCACUUUGACCCAGACCUCAUGCGAACAUAUCAAAAGCAAUAUGGCGGAUGCUUCGUCCGCCAUCUUGUUUAUCAUUGGGUUGAGGAGAGCUGGUAUCGAGAAUUGAGUCAAAUAUGCCAUUCUGCGCGUGCGUAUGUCCUUUUGCUGACGCUUAUGCGCUAGUGAAAACCAGGUUUAACAAAUUGAAAAAAAUAGGCAUUUUUCAAAACAUCCUUGUCGCCAUGGAAACGAUCGAAAUCUUACUUCUAAAAUGUCAAAUUUAUUGUCCUUAGUAUAAAUGUAUUCUGUCCAUACCAAAUAUGAGCCUCAAAGAGUCUUGAAUGACACUCCCAUUAUCAAACUGUUUACAACCACCUUAAUUAAUUGUGGUUUUUGUAGUAAAUUGUUCCAUUUAAUAUUUUUUCUGUAUCCCUUGUAAUUCCUUUAUACAGCACGUAUGGAUUGGCCGAAAAGGUGAUUCGAAUUGUUUACAAAUGGAGACAAACACUGGAAUGAUAGAGAAGGCGGGGGAAUGUAACGACAAAAAGAACUAUAUUUGUGAAAUGCCAGCGUCAACAACAAGUACGUUUUCUAUCAUCCACAUCGAGAAGGUUACACUUAGCACAUUUAUCGUAAUAGCCCAAGCUCAAUACGAGAGCCCUUAACANGGCAUUUUUCAAAACAUCCUUGUCGCCAUGGAAACGAUCGAAAUCUUACUUCUAAAAUGUCAAAUUUAUUGUCCUUAGUAUAAAUGUAUUCUGUCCAUACCAAAUAUGAGCCUCAAUGAGUCUUGAAUGACACUCCCAUUAUCAAACUGUUUACAACCACCUUGAUUAAUUGUGGUUUUUGUAGUAAAUUGUUCCAUUUAAUAUUUUUUCUGUAUCCCUUGUAAUUCCUUUAUACAGCACGUAUGGAUUGGCCGAAAAGGUGAUUCGAAUUGUUUACAAAUGGAGACAAACACUGGAAUGAUAGAGAAGGCGGGGGAAUGUAACGACAAAAAGAACUAUAUUUGUGAAAUGCCAGCGUCAACAACAAGUACGUUUUCUAUCAUCCACAUCGAGAAGGUUACACUUAGCACAUUUAUCGUAAUAGCCCAAGCUCAAUACGAGAGCCCUUAACAACCUUAUUUUACUUAGCUAAUUAUUUAUUCAUACAGCAACAACCACAUAAGACAUUGUAUGAAAAUUAUUACUUUUUCUUUAAAAUUGGGCGAAAUGUGCAUUAUGUUUUUCCUAUUAAGCUUUUGUUUAGUAUUUUCAGGUUAAGUCUAUCAAAUUUUCGUGAAUGACUUCCAAUUUAGUAAAAGCUCUGCUUUUAGGCUUGUCUACAUGUUAUAAUUUCACGCUUUUGCCCCAGACUUCGAGGUAAGUGACCUUGUCAGAAAUACUCGAUGCUUUUAAAGGCUUGUAUUAUUCUGCAUUUAUCUUCAGGUACUGUUUGUUAUGAGUACCCUAACAGGAAUUCCUCUGUUCCCAUUAAAGUCAGCUGUACUUUUCCAGAAGACCUUUGUUUCAAAUAUGACAAUACAACGUCAAACGGCGAACAAGUCACCAUUCGAGGCUGUAUAUCCGCUGAUCAAUGCGGACAAUUUGAUGAUCAUCAUUUGCACUGUUGUGAAGGAGAUCUGUGUAAUAGUGGUAAGUAAGCUCAAGUAUAAUGGACACAAAAUAGCUAAAAAUUGUUACUUUAGGUCCGCCGUGCCAUGUUCCUCAGAAACAGGGAAAACUUAGUUUAUUCUAACAAGGAUCCAUGAAGGAGGAAUAGCCAUGCUUAGCAGCGAAGUAGAUUUUAAGAACCUUUUUGUAAGUUUUCGCAAGAUAAUGCACCUAUUUUAUUCAGCGCAUACUCACACGUUUCCUAUGCCAUUUAUAAUGCAAUACCUUUCCUUGCAGUUAAGAACACCACGAUAUCUGAACCCGAAAAUCCGACCCAGGCCAUUUCUAAAGUCAUUUACAUCUCACUUGGUAUCACCUCCGCUUUUUUGCUACUGUCCGUGGCUAUUGUUGUCUGGUGCUACAGAAGAAAGAAGCUAAAGACUAUUGAAAGGUUUGUGUUUCUUUUAAUUUGCUAGCCUCCUUGUUCGGCGUAAUUUUUUCUCUAGUUUAAGGUGUAUCAAAAACACUUAUAUAAGCAAAAUUUUACUUUCCUAGCAUUUAAUUUUAGCGCGAUGUUAUUGGUUAGAUUACGUCACGUGGCCACUUAAAGCGUCGUGCACCCGCCAUUGACAGUUACAAAGAAAACAAUCAAGCAUUUUGUUUUAGCCAAGGGGCUGAAAACCUAAAAAAGACAGUAAGAAAGAAGAGACCCUGAAGACGAAUAUCUUGAAAAAAAAAAUGAAAAUUGACUUGACUGGUAAAAAGAUGUUAUUGCGUUCGACGUCGAGAGAACGCAACCUAGACCCCCAAGAGCCUGAGCACGAACAUUCAGCACAAAGAAACUCAACUUUUUUUAGGCUGGGUGAACUACCGAAAACGAUAGGUUGAAGGGUAAUGGCUAAAGUCCUUGGCUGACAGCUUUCUUCUGAGAUGCCUCUUUCUGCCAGCUGUUUAUUUUAACAGACAACCGCUGUUGAGCCUAUCUUGGACCAAGAGUUAUCUCUCAUGUCAACACGAUAUCAAACUAUGCCCAGUCGGUGAGGUUGCAUUUUUGAAAGGCAAAGGCCGGUUUCGAGAAGCAGCGUUUGACCUCUAA